CUAUCAAUACGUUGACAGCUGUUGUCGCCUUGGACAAAGCAUAAACAAAUCGCUUUUGUUGACAUGGUUGAUGGAAGAAACGCGUUGUGGAAUAUUUAGCUAUUCUUGUAAACAGUGUGUUGUGGGCCGGUUUGCAACAUGGCUACAGAACUUAGCAAUACCAUGUGCCGGUUCUGCUUAACGAAGACCGAGUGCACAAGAAGUUUUUUCGAUUUGUUCAACUCCGAAGAAGAGUGCAGUCAUUUGCAAGUGCUUUUAGGGACAGAGAUGCUACCUUCCGAUGAGUAUACGAAUAUUUGCCCCGAGUGCGAAAACAACAUCACUGUUGUCUUCAGCAUUAUGACCGAGAUUCGAAGAGUAAAUGGGAUUUUUUGUUCACUUUUACGUCUACAACGGGAGACAAAAUUGCUAGAUACAAUGUAUCAUGAAUCUAGUAACCAUACCUCAUUCCAGGCCGAUGUAUUGCAUGUGAUUGUUCCGGAUGCAGCUAGCGAAAUGCAAGCAGCCAAGCUCGUAUCCGACGAUGAGGAGUAUUUGUACGAAUAUGACAACGAAUCAGAAGGCAUCGAAGAAAAACCUCUCGCCAUUACAAAAAGCUGUGGAAACGAUCAGGAACAUAAAUGUUUCAUCUGCAAAUCGUUCUCCGGGGCGUACCACGACGUACAGAAACAUCUCCAUUCAUCGCACAAGGAUGUUAUCGUACCCAAACAAUGCCAAAAGUGUAUGAUAUCGCUGGGCAGCAUUUUGGAAUGGAAUGACCACUUGCUCACCCAUCAAUAUCCGUUCGGAUGUUUGUACUGUGACAAGCUAUUCCAGUCACAGACAGAACUGGAUUUACAUCAGAAAGACUGUACUGGGUAUCGAUGCAAUGGUUGCAGUCAAACGUUUGCCUUCAUCCAUGAACUGUUGAAACAUAACUCCUGUGGGACAAGUGAUGAACAACGUUUGUGCAAUAUCAGCACCUGGAUGAAUGCUGAUGAUGGCAUCGAACGCAACGAACGACUGAUAUGUGCGGUUUGUGAAGAACGAUUCGUUAAAAAUGAGGAUUUGUGUGAACACAUCGGACAGAUUCAUACCGAACUAGAGAUGAAAUUCCAUCGAUGUGAUCUGUGUCACAAACAAUUCACGUCUAUCGUAAUUGCUCGCCAACAUCGAGCUUCACAUAAGACAAAACGUACCUUAGAAAAGAAACCCCACGCUACCAAAUGUCGACCGGAUGGAACAAAUGAAUGUUUUGUCUGCCGGAUGAAAUUCAAAUUCAAUCGCAAUCUGCUUCAACAUCUUGCUAAAGAGCAUGCCGACGUGUCUGUCAAGCUGUACCAAUGUGCAAUGUGUGACAAAAAGUUUACGAGCGAAGCAAAACUAGAGAAACACGAUUACAACAUGCACCAAGGCCGACAACCGAAGUAUUUUUGCUCGUUCUGUGGACGUACGUUUAACAAACGCAUCGCGCUGCAAGAUCACGAAAGCGUUCACCGUGGCAGGAAGACAUAUCGUUGCGACGUUUGCAAUCGUGACUUCACGUACAAAAGCUCUUACGACCGGCACAUGCAGGUUGUGCACAGUGACACCAAGAACUUCACCUGCGAGUAUUGCGACAAACGCUUCAAACGGAAACCAACGUUAACGGUUCAUUUACGAUUGCAUACAGGCGAGAAACCGUACCAGUGCGAAGUUUGUAGCCGCCAAUUCGCAGAUCCUAGUUCGUUUUAUAAACACAUGCACAGGGAGCAUGGACGAUGAUUGCCAUGGCAUUGCAUGCUAUCUACAGCAUAAUUCUUAUCUGGCGGGUGUAGCCGAUAAUUGAAAAAUAAUAAAUUACGACACGAAUCACAAACCGGAAGGAUUUGAACGACUUAACCUGAAGUUUGUAAGCGGCAGGGAUGCCUCAAUUUUCCCAGGUUAGUUUGUUGAAGUACUCAAAUGUUAUAUUAAAAUUGAAAUAACAAAUUGAAAUCUAAAACGUGAUGUUUAUUUAAAUAUUCCUGACCAUCUGGCACAUGUACAUAUUCAAAAAAUUGCUUGUUGUCGAGCCCUGAUUGAGUGAGCAAUUGUUAUCAAUUCUAAAACCGCAAUGCUUUCGCUUCGUAAGGAGAUAAGAACCAGCACAUAGCAUGUUGUGUUUUAGGAAGUAUGAUUUUCGAUUUUGCUAUCUUCAAUGCGCGCAAAUAUAAUUCA